GAGGUUCACUACAUUCACACACAUCGAUUUUCAACCCAAUCUCAACUUCCCGUAUCUGAGGCCCAAACCAACUCAAUUCAAAAUUGAGUCCCUCCAUUUCUCUCUGCUUCUAUUCCAAAAACCAAAACAUGGCGACAAUUUUGCCUCCUCUGGCUUUGAGUUUCCACAGAAGAGUGACUAUCAACUUCUCUCCAUCCAAAAACAAGAAAAGCCAGAAACAGAAGCAUCAAAACAAGAACAGCAAAACUUCCCUCUCUUUCCCAAAAUCAUAUCCAACUCCACUUCUUACUGCUCAAAAAUCUUACCCCAGAACAAAGCUUGAAGUACUUGAUGCUGUCGUCAAAGAACUCGAAGCAUCGGCGAAGAACCACUUGGAUAUUGAGCUUGAAACCUUCGCUUCGCUUUUGGAAACUUGUUACGAACUACGAGCUAUCGACCAUGGCUCCCGAAUUCACCGCCUUAUUCCGCGAAACAUUUUGAAAAGAAAUGAAGGCCUGUCGUCGAAAUUACUUCGGCUCUAUGCUUCUUGUGGUUGCGUUGAGGAUGCGCACCAGGUGUUCGAUGAAAUGCGUAAGAGGAAGAACACAUCCGCUUUUGCGUGGAAUUCUCUUAUCUCGGGGUAUACUGAACUGUGUCAGUACGAAGACGCCCUGGCACUAUAUUUUCAAAUGGAAGAAGAGGGAUUUGAGCCAGACAGGUUUACCUUCCCUAGAGUGUUCAAGGCAUGUGGGGGUAUCGGGUCUAUACAAAUCGGUAUGGCAGUGCAUCGACAUGUUGUUCGGUUGGGUUUCGCAGAUGAUGGCUUUAUUCUCAAUGCACUUGUUGACAUGUAUGGUAAAUGUGGUGACAUUGUAAAGGCUCGUAGAGUCUUUGAUCAAAUUAGUAGUCGAGACUCAGUUUCAUGGAAUUCGAUUCUCACAAGUUACAUUCAUCAUGGGCUUUUUUUGCAAGCAUUAGAUAUAUUCCGUCGAAUGAUUCAAAAAGGGUAUCGGCCGGAUUCGGUUGCUGCAUCUGCCAUUCUGAGCAGGGUGACAUCAUUAAAGCUUGGGGUUCAGAUUCAUGGAUGGGCAGUUCGGCAAGAAGUAGGGUGGAACUUGUCCAUUGCUAAUUCCUUAAUUGUUCUCUAUGCCAAGCAUGGCGAGUUGGAUAGAGCACGCCAGGUGUUUGAUCAGAUGUCUGAGAGGGAUGUCGUUUCGUGGAACUCUAUCAUUUCCGCUCAUUCUAAAGACCCAAGAGCACUGAUCUAUUUUGAACAGAUGGAGAAUGCUGGCGCACUGUCUGACAAUAUUACAUUCGUGUCCUUACUAUCAACUUGUGCCCAUUUAGGUUUGGUGGAUGAAGGCAAGAAAAUAUUUACUAUCAUGACAAACAAGUACAGAAUAAAACCAAUCAUGGAACAUUACAGUUGUAUGGUGAACCUUUACGGAAGGGCAGGCCUAAUCCAAGAGGCUUAUAAUAUGAUAGUGGAGAGAAUGGAGUUUGAGGCAGGUCCAACUGUUUGGGGGGCUCUGCUGUAUGCUUGCUACCUUCAUAAAGAUGUAGGACUUGGGGAGGUUGCAGCUGAAAUACUUUUCGAGCUUGAGCCUGACAACGAACGGAAUUUUGAGCUUUUGAUGAAGAUUUAUGCCAAUGCAGACAGAUUGGAGGAUGUUGAGAGAGUGAGAAAGAUGAUAGUAGACAGGGGGUUAGACAUAUAGUCAAUCCUUAUAGUUUGUCUACAAGAGUCUUUUUUGGCCUAUGGCACUAGUGCUAUAGCUGCCAAAGAGUUCCUCUCUGGCUUAUUGCGAUUCAUGGUUACAGUCUCAGAUCGACUUUAGUUAUUAAGCCAGUGACUAUGCUUUGAUGAACAUUUGUGGGAGCUCGAACAAGUGAUAUUAAUUUCAGAGAAGUAAAAAUUGUUCUUUUGGACGAGUGAAGUUUCAUCUGUAUAUUCAUCUGCUGAGCUCUUAACAGAUAUUUAGAGCUUUGUCUACAAAUUCUACAUGCUUGAAGAGAAUGUGGAUCAAGGUAUGCAUCAUUUAGUUUGAACUGUUACUCUUAAUGUUCAUAGAUUGAAGUGAACGUGUAGGUAGACAUGCGGUGACCAACUUAGCGCGCAACCUGCUCGACGAUUUG